AUGGCACCCUUGAAUGCACUGCGACGACUGGGCCUUGGGGUCUUGUUGUUGACCGUGCUCUUUGCUGCACUGGCUGAAGCAGAUACCUACUUGAGCAAAUGUUGCCACAAAGGACACAACUGCUGUGGUUCGUCCGACGUCAAGACGGGCGAGGAGCGUGAUAAUUGUGCGCUCGGUCAACGCCGAUCCAUUUGUGAGCGUGCCGACACUACAAGCAGGCCCACCCAGCCGCCGGGCAAGUGUGGCAUUUCAAUGCCCGACUGCCAGUUGUUCGAUGAUUGUCUGGGUGCCCAUUGUAGUGUCGAUGUUCCACCCUUUGGCAAUCUCGGGUUUGGCUUUGAGCUCGCCCCGUGUGGUCCGGCCGGCCCCUAUCUGGAAUUGCAGCUUGAAGCGGUCGGAAAGGACCUCGCCUACAACAUCUCCUCUGACAUUGACGUUGCCACUCCUCUCUCAGUUUCAGCUGCUGGCGCAAAGGAGGGCCUGUACAUUCGCGUCCAUAUUGGCAGCUUGGCCAAUCACUCGGUGCCCCUGGAGAUUGAGCUGGUGGCCAAGACCGACUUGAUCGUGAAGGAGACCAAAAAGCUUGCCACCAUCUACCAAGGCGCCUUUCCCGUCUCCGUCUGCUAA